UUGGAUUUGCAUUUUGCUUCAUUGACAUUAAUGUCUUUAAUCAAAAACAAAAUAAAUAUUAUCAUAAAUAAAAUAUAAUAUAUCAAAAUGCUGCGAAAAAAGACCUCAAAUACAAAAACUGUGUCGGAUAAAAUUUCAGAGUUGUUAGCACGUAACGCCAACGGUGAAGAUGAUAGCAGCGAUGAGCAAAAUGAAGACCCACGUGUGGAGGAGGAAUUCGAUGAAUACGAUUUGCCGGAUGCACGCUCAUCAGAUAUAAGAAAACGCAAUGUAAAGCUGUUAUCAGAGCAAAGUGCGCGUUAUAGAGGGAAAAUAUCAUCGCGAAAUGAACUUGACGAAGAGGAUGAAGAAGAUUCUUCAGCAGAUGAGCAAAGUGACGAAGAACAACAUGAAGAUGUUGAUGAGAGUUCCUCCGAAGAUGAAGAUGCUUUAGGGGCGUUCACUAAAAAGUUGAAUGGUGGUGUUAGUACGAAAGCUAUAGCUGUGUCAGCAGAAGAUGACAGUGAAGAUGAUAUGGAUUACAGCACUAAUAUUGAAAAUUCAAGUGAAGAAAGUAAUGAGGAUGGAGUUGAGGAUGAGGAAGAAGGCGAUGAAGAAGAGGAUUACGAAAAUAGUGAUUAUGAAGAUGGCGCAGAGAGUGAAGACGAUGCUAGCGAAGAGGAGCACGCAGAGGGUACAGAUAUAAUCGCUGAAACAAAUCGUCAAGCUGAGGUGCAGAAAGGACAGUGUGUACAAAAUCAGCUACAAAUUUGGGAACGUUUAUUGGAAAUGCGUAUACAUACGCAAAAAAUACUUAGCAAAUCCAAUCAGCUUCCUGCACCUAAUACACUGAAAGCACAUCAACAAGAUAGUGAAAAAUUAAGCAACAUAUCGCGUGAAUCAGUUAGCAGUGUUAGUAAAUUGCUUAGCACUUUGGUUCAACUACAAAAUGCUUUUGAUCAGCAAUUUACGGAACAACGCAAUGCAUUGAAGAAGACGUUAAAACGGGCGCUACCCCAACAUGAUACUGAAGGAAACAACGCUGUGCCAAUAAAACGUUUUGCUGAACACAUUGAUGAACAUUUCCAAGAAUUUAAACCCUAUCGCAACUCAGUACUGCUCAAGUGGGACGAUCGCACUAAAUUGCUAACACCUGGUGCUGGUGCUAAGAAAAAAUCGCUCUCUGAAGAUUAUGACAUCAUACGUAAAAUUGAAAAUACGUUACAAAAUCGCAGCACACUCAUUGAAAAAUCGCAAACAUCUAAAGACGGGGAUGAGGCUACUACAGAUAAAGAACUGGUUGAAAAUGGUAAUAGUGAAAAUAAGCAAAAGUCCAAAAGAAAUGUGGAACUUUAUGAUGAUAGCGACUUUUAUCAUCAGCAACUGCGUGAACUUAUCGAAUAUAAGAGCAACACAUCCGUCAGUGCCAGUGAAGUGACGCAACAGUACAUGGAGCUGCAGAAGUUGCGUCAAAAAAUGAAGAAAAAGGUCGAUACACGCGCCAGCAAGGGACGUAAAUUGCGUUAUACGGUGCACAAUAAGCUGAUAAAUUUCAUGGCGCCUGACGACACAUCGACAUGGACGGAGGAAUCGAAAGAGGAAUUGUAUAGAUCAUUAUUUGCUGCUUAGAUUAUUGUUAUGUGGAAAAGUGGAACGUGUAAAUAAAAUGAACUGUGCCUGUGUAAAAAAUUAAUUUGCGACUGUUA